AACAGUGCAUAAAUCAUAACGUUGGAAAUCGUAUACCCAAGGAGGUGAAGUAGUUCACAGUAGAGACGAUUGUGAUUAAUUAUAGGGUGAAACGUAGUUGUAAAGGCGAUGUAAGUUCUUCUGUAUUAAAACUAAUUAAAAAAUUCAAACUGGAAUGAACUAGAAUAGAAGAUUUCUCUUUUCAUCUUUUAUACGAAUACAAUUAUUCCGCAUGACCACAAAACUCUGGUUAUUCAAACGCUCUCCAGCAGCGUAUCGGUGUGGGCAUCGGUAAAAGAGAAAAAGAAAAAGAGAAAGGAAGAAGGGUUAAUAAAGAAGAAAUAAAAAAAGAAGAAUUAUAUUUUGGAAAAUAAUUAAAUUAUUCUUGAUAAUAAAGUAUGUCAGCAGCAAAUAGUGUGGGUAGUGUAACCAGCAGUGCCUUACCAAAAUGGCAACUCGCUUUAGCGGUAGGAGCUCCGGUAGCUUUAGGACUUGGUUACAUGUAUUAUAAAAAUAAUAAAAAGCCAUGCUCGAAACCAGAACGUGGUAAAUCUAAAUAUGGCUUGCGAGAAAAUGGUACUAAUAAUAAGAACGAUAAGCAAAUUUCGAUCGAUGGAGAUUGCAACUCAAAACCCGAGAACACAUCACAAAUUGAGACUCCCUUAGAAAAGGCAAAAAAAUUUAAGGACGAAGGCAAUGUUCACUUUAAAAUAGGAAAAUAUGACGAAGCUAUAAACUUAUAUAAUAAUGCCAUUGAUGCUUGUCCAAAAGAUAAUAAAGAAGAAUUGGCUAUAUAUUAUCAAAACAGAGCUGCAGCUUACGAACAUUUGAAAAAAUAUAGUGCAGUAAAAGCAGAUUGUACGAAAGCAUUAGAAUUAAAUCCAAAAUAUGUUAAAGCAUUUUUGCGUAGAGCGCGAGCUUUAGAAUAUAGCAAUGAUUUAGAACAUGCCUUAGAAGAUGUUACUACUGCGUGUUUCUUGCAACGAUGUACCAAUCCAUCUGCCUUAACAAUAGCAGAUAGAGUUCUAAAACAACUUGGUAAGCAACGUGCUCAAGAACAUUGGGCAAAUAAAAAGUUAAUAAUGCCGAGCAAGCAUUUUAUCAAAAAAUACAUCAAUUCGUUUAAUAAUGGUCAAGUUUUUCUUAUAAAUAAAAUCUUGUGCCGUGAUAAUCUCUCUACAGGCUUUAAGAAAAUUGUAAAAGCAUUAGAUGAUCAAGAUUAUGAUAACAUAAUAUCACUUUGUACAAAUGAAAUUAAUAACAAACAGUCAGAAGAAGUCUUACCAUGGGAAAUGGAAACGUUACUUCUAAGAGCAACAUUUUAUUUACUCUUAGGGAAUCAUGAAGCAGCAUUAGAAGAUUUUGAAACAAUUAUAAAUUCACCUAAUGCAUCUACAGAAAUAAAAGUUAAUACUUUAAUUCAAAGAGCAAGCUUAUAUAUGCAACUUGAAAAUCCAGACAAAGGCUUCAUUGAUUUUGAUUUAGCUAUUAAUCUUGAUCCAAAUUGUAGUGAUAUCUAUCAUCAUAGAGGACAGGUAGAUUUGCUUAUGGACAAAAUGGAUGAAGCAAAAGAAGAUUAUCAAAAAGCUGUUGAUUUAAAUCCUGAUUUUGGAUUAACAAAUAUACAAAAAUGUUAUACGGAUUAUCGUUAUGCCAUGAACAAGAGGAAUGUACAAAUGGUAGAAGUUUGCUUAGAAAAUUUUAAAAAAAUAAUUGACAAAUUCCCUGACUGUCCUGAAUGCUAUACAUUGUACGCUGAGGUGUUGUCAGAAACAAUGGAUUAUGCUUCAGCAGAUAAAUAUUUUGCUAAAGCAAUUGAAAAAGAUCCAAAUAAUGCCACUACAUAUGUGCAUAGAGGAUUAAUGCACUUACAAUGGAAUAAUGACAUUAAUAAAGCUAUCGAAUACAUAAACGAAGCAUUGAAACUUGAUGACAAGUGCAAAUUUGGAUAUGAAACUUUAGGAACGAUAGAAGUACAAAGAGGAAAUUUAAAAGAAGCUAUAGAACUGUUUGAUAAAGCUAUAGCACUAGGUCGCACAUCAAUGGAACUCACACAUAUUUUCAGUUUAAGGGAUGGAGCAAAAGCGCAGAUUAUCAUAAGAGACAGAUUAGGAUUAGAUCCAGAUCUUAAAAAUUUUCUAAAUAUGCCAUAAAAUCUUUUACGUUUCUAUGUCACGAAAAUUGAAAUAGGUAUAAUGUAUAAAAUAAAAUUUGAAAAUGUAUUAAUUCUUUGCUCGAGCAACUGCAAAAAAAA